GAGCUCAGCCUGUAUCAGAUCUACAGGUGAUGGGGGAAGCUGUGGGUGAAGAUGUGAGGGGAGUCCAUCAUUGGACCGUGCACUGACCCACACACACACACACACACACUCACACACCAUGGGGUCUAUUAAACGCCAGGGAUCACCAGCCACCCCUCGAACCAGUCGCCAGAGGAACAGAUCCCUCUCUCCAAAAUCCACCAGACCAUCCUGGGGGAACUCCAUGACAGAGGGGGAUGAUAUGGACAGUGAAAGGUUGACAGUAACAGUAGAUCAGACACUCGAUGGUCGUUUGGGCUUCAGUGUUCGAGGAGGAGCAGAACACGGUCUGAACAUCUUCAUCAGCAAGGUGGAGCCAAAUAGUGCUGCAGAACAGGCUGGUCUGUGUGUGGGUGAUAAGCUGCUGGAGGUGAACGGGAUCAGUCUGGAGAACAUCAGUAUGGACAGUGCAGUGAAGGUCCUGAUGGGUCACCGCUGGCUCCGGUUGGUUCUCCAGAGAGUGGGAUGGGUUCCAGGGGUUCGAUACUCCAGUGAGAAAACCACCUGGGUAGAUCUGAUCCACAGGAGGAUGGUGGUGGAUGAAGGUGAAGCGUCUCUCUCAGGCAGUCGUUCAGACGGAGCUCUGUGUCGCUCGGUUCAUCUGCAGACAUCGCUCUCUCAACCCUACCUCGGUCUCAACAUCCGCGGAGGCACCGAGUACGGCCUGGGCAUCUACGUCUCAAAGCUGGAUCCAGGAGGGCUGGCGGAGCAGGGCGGGAUUAAGAUGGGCGAUCAGAUUCUGUCAGCCAAUGGGGUGAGCUUUGAGGAUGUCACUCACAGCCGAGCAGUGGAAGUCCUGAAAAGCCAAUCACAUGUAUUGUUGACUAUUAAGGAGGCGGGGAGAUACCCAGCCUAUCAGGAGAUGGUGGCAGAAUACACCUGGACGGACAAACGGAACAGUAGAAUGGUCCACUCCUCCUCUCAGGGGUCCGACUCGCACUCGUCCACCUCCUCUCUGUCCUCUGGCACGCCCCUCAGCUCCAUCGCCGGGCUCUCCCAGGCCACGCUGCCCCUCUGCCAGCCCUUCGGAGCCCUAAUGAGUGACAUGUCCAGCUUCACCGAGGUCCAGUUCUCCCUGGACCCGGCUGAGAGCAGUUUCCACACUGAGCAGAUGGAAACCAGCCUGAGCCGAGGACCAGUAGAGCUGCUGCAGGACUCGGCUAUCCGGAACGAGGGAGGAGAGGAUAGAGGUGGAGAAGAAGGAGGAGGAGAAGCAGGAGAGGAGAAGAAAGAGGGGAGAAAAACUUCGGUCCUGAUGGCUUUAAGCAGGCCAAGUCCACCUAUCCGCAGGACACAGAGUCAAAUGACGGAAGAGGAGCAGAAGAGACAGAAGAAGAAGAAGCAGAAGGAGAACAGAGAAGGAUGCAGGAGUCCAGUACAGCGCUCCAGGACUUUAUUUGGAUUACGCCGGAGAAGAGACUCGUCCAAAUCUCCAUCCAGAUCAGAGACUGAACGUGGUACGAAAAAUCUCGGACUGUCUGACCUGGAUGUUCUAACUCAGCUAGAGGAAAUGGCUGUGAAGCUGCUGGAGGAGGAGGACGUGGCUGUUGUGAUGGAGAUUUGCAGGAGGUAUACAAAAGAGAGAGCAAUGAAUACUCUAGUUCUCCCCCUGCUGGCCAUCCUGGACAGACCAGAGAAACUCCUGCUACUGAGAGAGAUCAGAAUGCUCGUCUCUAAGGAUGACCUCCAGCAGUUUAACAGUAUGGUGUCUCCAUUUGAAGAAGAGGCCUAUGACAUCCUGAAAAGACGUUCUCGAAGAUCUUCCCCUCUUCGUUCUCCGAAGGCUGGCCACGCCCCAAAGCGCCACCUAAUUACACCUGUACCAGAUCAGCAGGGUCGUUUCGAGCUUCGGUCGGCUGAGGAGGCAGACAGACAGAACCGGCUGUUACAGGAACUGGAGCGUCUUCGUCUGACUCAGAAACACAGUGAAGCUCAGGAAACUUCAGGAGCUUUCUCUCCGCUGCUGGACAUCCCUGUGGACAGCUACUCCCACACAGGCUCCAUCAGACCCUCCACAACAUCCCCCAUACUCCCCAACUGGCUCCUGACCGAGAACACCGUUCCCGCCUCAGAGAACGGCGGGGUCAUCUCGGGCGGAGACGUACCUCAUUCGGAAAACACCACUUCAAAAAGGUGGAGGUUCCCUUUCAGAAACGGACACUCGGAGAACAAAGCGAACAGAGGAGAAAAGGACCAGGAUGUGAUCUUCACUGUAGUGGAUACUCCCCGACCCAAGAGGCCGCUGUUGUCUCAGGUGUUUGGUCCACUCUGGAGAUCACAGAGCUCCAUAGAGCCGUCUGUGGAGCACAGCGAGCCGAAGCAGACGAAAGUGGUGCGUUCUGGUUCUGUGAGCAUUCACCAGAAUCACCAUCAGGACCAGUAUGAGUAUGAACUCAAAACUGUCUGCAUCAGCAAGACCAGGCAAUCACUGGGGAUCAGUAUUUCUGGUGGUGUUGAAUCCAGGGUGCAGCCGAUGGUCAAAAUCGAGAAGAUUUUUCCAGGGGGGGCUGCGUCUUCUAAUGACAUACUGAAGGCUGGGUUUGAGCUGGUGUCUGUAGAUGGAGUUUCCUUACAGGGCAUCACCCAUCAGGACGCUGUGGAGAUAAUCCGUCAAGCUUUUGGCAACAAACAGACAGACCCCAUGGAGCUGGUGGUGAAGGUCCCCAAACACUCCUGAGUGACACAGGCUCUUAAACAAUGAGCCUAAAGACAGAGACGGCAUUGCUUACAGAACAAAUGGCCCAAGAGACAAUGGAUCUGAAAUUACAGCACCGGGAGAAACUUUUAUCUACGAGAAGGAAGCGUUUUAUAUACUGUAAAUAAACAGAUACACAGUCUGUUCACCCCUUUUGUUAUCAAAAUGUGCAUAAUAUGAAUUUAUACAUGCAGGACAUUUUGUUGCCAUUUGUUUUUAUCGUAACACCAGCAAGCAGCAGUGGAAACUGACAGGUUAAAUCUCUGAGACAACUUUUUGUAUCCUUCCCCUGAACAACUAUGUUGAACAAUCUUUGUUUUUAGAUCAUUUGAGAGUUGUUUUGAUGAGCCCAUGAUUCAAAUAGGAGAACAACUUGCAAUUGGCCACCUUAAUUACCUUUUCUCAUGAUUGGAUACACCUGGUUAUGAAGUUCAAAGCUCAAUGAGGUUAACAAACCAAUGUUGUGCUUCAGUAAGUCAGUAAAAAGUAGUUAGGCGUAUUCAAAUCAAUAAAAUGAUAAGGGUGCCAAUACUUUUGCACCGGUCAAAUUCUGGUUUAAUGCAUAUUGCACAUUUUCUGUUAGUACAAUAAACCUCAUUUCAAUCCUGAAAUAUUACUGUGUCCAUCAGUUAUUAGAUAUAUCAAACUGAAAUGGCUGCUGCAAACACCCAAAUAUUUACAACUAAAAAUGAUUACGAUUAAUAGGGGUGCCCAAACUUUUUCAUAUG